AUGGCAUUAUUAGGAGAUUCGAUACCGUUAACAUGUGAAAUUGAAACUACUUUGGAAACAUUGACAUUGAGGGAUCUCAUUUCUUCUGGAAUAUACAUCAAUUCACUCACUGCUAAAGAUGAAGCAAUCUAUAUCAUCCCAACCUUAUCUCUAGUUGGCCUCCAAUAUUUUUGCUUAUUUAACCAAAGUACAAACGAUGAUGCAAACACUGUUACUAAAAUAUUACGAGAACUAUUGACAAUGGAAUAUUCCUUUGACGAUGAGGUAAUGGAUGAGAAGCCAUUUGAGAGAUUUUAUGCAAAUUGGAAGUUGCUUUACUGUGCACUUUGUAAUGAAGAAAAGAAAAUAAGCCUUUAUAAGAUUUAUGAUUUAUCAGAUAGACCAGCCAAAAAUUGA